AUGUCAAAGCUUUCCCCAAGCCUCAAAUCACUCAUCAACGCUGCGCAUUCACGGCCAGGUCCAGCUCCAGCUCCUCCUGGUAUACAAGCACUGUAUAGUAGAAUAGCGGAGGAUGCGACCGCGCACAGGCUGGGACGGCCGUCAUGGCUGGCCAUCACCACUGCUGCUACAAUGACGAUGAACUCACCAGAAUCCAUGGCUGUAUUGUACACCACAGCAAGCCAGUCCAAGCCAGAAAGUGAGGGUGUUGCGAUUGCCGAGUUCAUGCGUGAGACUGGUCUCAAGUGCAUAGGUUUCAAUGGCAUCCCACGCACUAUAAACAUGCUCAAUGCCUUCCGUGCAGCGUUGCCGGCCUCCAUCGCCUCCUCCCUCAAUACCCAGCCAACCCGUUUUCCGGAACCUUCGAACAUCGAGUCGAUCAACAAGCGUGGGCGAGCAUUGUGGAAUGCUAUAUACAGACCUCUUGAGACCAAACUAGAGCAGAAGCUGGGCGAUGCACACCCAGAUUUACCCGUAUUCAUCAUCAAUAAUGAGUAUGGUGGUCUGUUCACGGAUCCUCCACGCAAGAGUGGGGCUACUGUCGGUCGUAUCUCCACCAGUUUAAUCGCAAUUACAUGUCUGCGGGCGCAGCAAGGGGUCGGGCCCCAAGUCCUCAGCCACGUCUUUGGCUUAAGGAAGGCGUGGGAAGACGGCACAUGGAAGCAAGAGCCCGAAGCGGGUGAAAAGGAGGGAAUCAAAUGGCUCGGGAGUGACGAGGGUUGCACUUGGGUUCUAGAAUGGGUCGACCAACUCGUCGCGGCACUGGGGGUUGACCAAGGUAGUACGUUUGCACCUGUCAAGGCCAAACUGUGA